UGCGCACCAUGCUGCGGGCGGAUCGAGUCGCUGUCUCCCACCUGGUUGCCUUGCAAGCUCUUAUCGCGUUGCCACGAACCCAGAUAACAAGCUAAAAGAAACAAUAUCCAACAGGCAUAAAUAGUACACAGCAGCCAUUAAAAGAUUCUCACAUUGGUUGCAACGCAGCAGCCGGCAGGUGUACGACUUAACGACUACAAGUACUACGAACGACAUUCAAAUCCAGCUCCAUCCCAUUCCUCUCCGACAAAAUGUGCUGCCUGCCGAAACGCGCCAGUGGCGCCUUUAUACAGAGUGUGGCUGCAGCUGUUGCUAAUCAGCUGGCAUUCAACUUUGGCCUGAUGUUCGGCAUAACUCCAGCACACAUGACCCUCUACGAAUCAGAGACGGAGACUCCCCUAAUUAAGGCCGUAGAUGCCUCAGGCACUGCCUGGAUAACUGGAUACCUUUUUCUGAGCGCCGCGAUUGGUGCGCUGAUCUCUGGCUUUUUGGCAAUACGAAUUGGACCCAAAUCGGUGCUGUUACUAAGCGGACUGCUUCAAAUCGCUGGCUGGUCCUGCAUCCACUUUGCCUUCGACAUCAUCCACAUCUAUGCGUCGCGCAUGUUCGCCGGAGUGGCAGCGGGUGCUGCCUUUGUGGUGCUGCCGACCUUCAUCUACGAAAUUUCGGACUCGCAAGAGAGGGCGGCACGGCUGACUUUCAGCAUUGAAUUGUGGCGGACUGGUGGUAUUUUGUUGGGAUUUUUGUUGGGCUUCUAUGUGCCGCAUGCCUUUGUGAAUAUUGUGGGCUGCGGCUUCUCCUUUUUCUUCUCCAUGACGUUCCCGUUUGUGCAGGAGAGUCCAAACUAUUAUCUGCAUCGGGGGGAUGUGCCCUUUUUGGAAAAGUCUCUGCGCUGGUAUAGAGGAAUUCGCGAUAUUGAUGAUCACGAUAAGCCGGAAUAUCUAAUCGAGCUGAACGAGCUUAAGGCGAGGAUGGAGGGUAAGGGCUUUAUUGAGCCCCCAAUGCCUCGUACCUAUAUAAUACGUCUGGUAUUUGUGAGUCUGCUGCUGACAGUCUGCGCCAAGUUGAGCGGCGUUUUUGUCGAGCUGAAUUAUGCGGCCGAUUUUCUGGGCCGUACCGGCUUCCACACGGAACUCAACUAUGUGAUCCUAUCGGCGGCUUCUGUGGUAGGCGCCAUUCUGGCGCUGGUCAUAGGACCCAAUCUGCCAAGAAAGCUGUUGCUUUGUGUGUCUUCCUUCCUGGCCGCGACAUCAGUCGUUGCUUUGGCGCUCUUUAAGCAAUAUGGACACCAGUGGAUGCUGGGCGAAUGGUGUGAGCAGUUUAUUCCCAUUCUGCUGCUCGCCUCACAACUGCUUUUCGUUAGCUUCGGCCUCUAUCCAUUAGCCGCUGUUGUCAGCGGUGAAGUGCUUCCCUCAAAGCUGCAUGACGUACUUUAUUCCAUAACAUCGGCUUUUGCCUGGCUGCUGCUCUUUGGCUUGAUUGAGGGCUUCAAUGCUGUGAAAGGCGCCACAACCGGCCUAUUACCCUAUCUCUGGGUCUUUGCUGGUACUUCCAUAUUCGUGGCACUUAUUUCGCUGCCCUUGCUGCCGGAGACCCGUAAUCGUCGUCCCUCGGCCGUGCAGCGCCAGCUCGGCUAUGUGAACAAAAGCGGCGUAUCGAAGAGCAAUGGACACAUUGCAUAGCACAUUAAAUACCUUUAG